CAGUGUUUGAAAUCCUUUGUUCAGAUUGACCUCAGUGACACAAAGUGACCACACGAGGCAGCAGAGGGCCAGCAGAUAAAAUCACUGAUUUUCUCUAUGGACUUUGGUGUGGGAGAGUGAGUGGUUUACAAACUUCAGUUUCCUGUUGGAGAAGUCUGUCUCACAGUGAGAUGAAGACGUUCUGAAGACAUCGUAGACUUGAACUGAAGUAGAUUUUCUGCUGAUCUAACUUUUCCCAGCGUCAGCAGCAGCUGAGGAAAAACUUUACAACAGUUUAUUCCGAUGAGGAAAAACACACAGAACGUCCCUUUAUGAGGUGAUUUAAAUGCAACGCUGUGACGCUUCUGUGUCGUCUGUGUUUGACUGACACUGAGGUUUUAUAAACCGAUGGUGGGCGUGUCCUGAGAGAGAGAGAGAGAGUUAUUAGUGCAGGCUCAGAACAGACACUUCACACUUUCAGCCAUGACUCUCUCCACGGUCACAGCGGUGUGUGUGGCCACUCUGCUCACUCUCCUGACAACACCAGAGUGUCAGGCACAGCUCGGUGUGUGCGGCAAAGCUACGCUCAACACCAAGAUUGUUGGAGGUCAGGUGGCCAUCGAGGGCAGCUGGCCCUGGCAGGUCAGCCUGCAAAGAAGUGGGACACACUUCUGUGGAGGAUCCCUCAUCAACAGUGAGUGGGUUCUGACGGCAGCUCACUGUUUCUCAGGUACGAGCACCAUCGGCCUGAUUGUGUCACUGGGCCGUCAGACACAAGAGGGAGCCAACACCAACGCAGUGAGUCGAGCCGUGAGACUGAUCAUCAAUCAUCCCGACUACGACUCGGACACCAACAACAACGACAUCUCCCUCCUGAAGCUCGCCGCACCCGUUACUUUCACCAACUACAUCCUGCCCGUCUGCCUUGCAGCUCCAGGCAGCAGCUUCCACAACGGCACCAGCACCUGGGUCACCGGCUGGGGCAACAUUGCAUCUGGAGAUCCUCUUCCUUCCCCAGGAAACCUGAUGGAGGUGGAGGUGCCAGUCGUCGGGAACAGACAGUGUUUCUGUGACUACAGUGUUCGAAAUAUCGACAUCACUGGCAACAUGAUCUGUGCCGGGUUACAAGCUGGAGGGAAGGAUUCUUGUCAGGGCGAUUCAGGCGGUCCUCUGGUGAGCAAGCAGGGCAGUCAGUGGGUCCUGGCAGGAGUCGUGAGUUUUGGAGUAGGAUGUGCUGAACCUAAUUUCCCAGGAGUCUACACCAGAGUGUCCCGCUAUCAAACCUGGAUCACGACCCAGAUCACCACCAACCAGCCAGGCUUCGUCACUUUCACUUCCACUGGGACUGACGGUGACCUGUCUGUCAGCUGCCCCGGGCUGCCGUCAACCACCGUCCCUCCAACCACCACAGCACCACUCUUAGCUUUGAUGUUUGUUUGUUUGUUUGUUUGUUUAGUGUGUGGUCGACCGUGGCUCAACAGCAGGAUUGUUGGAGGGGACGAUGCUCUCCCAGGAAGUUGGCCCUGGCAAGUCAGUCUCAACCUAAAUGGAUUUCUACAAUGUGGAGGAUCACUCAUCAACAACCAGUGGGUGCUGACAACGACAAGCUGCCUAACCUCCGGCACAUCAGGUCUGGUUGUGUACCUUGGUCGUCAGAGUCAGGAGGGAUCCAACCCACAUGAGGAGUCUCGUACUGUGGUGCACAUCAUCAUUCAUCCCAGCUAUGACUCAAGAUCAAAUAACAACGACAUCGCCCUCCUGAAACUCUCCUCACCCGUGAAUUUCACCAGCUAUAUCCUGCCCGUCUGCCUCGCGGCCUCAGACAGCACCUUCCACAACGGCACUGACGCGUGGGUCACCGGCUGGGGCAACAAGGCAUUAGGAGAGCCUCUGCCUUCGCCUCAGAACCUGACGGAGGUGCAGGUGCCAGUUGUGGGAAACAGACAGUGUCAAUGUUCCUAUGGCCGUUCUAGUAUCACAGAAAACAUGAUGUGCGCCGGGCCACAAGCUGGAGGGAAAGGAACCUGUCAUGGAGAUGGAGGCGGUCCACUGGUAAGCAAGCAGAAUGGGACCUGGAUCCAGGCCGGAAUUACUAGUUUCGGUCUGGGUUGUGCUCUGCCUAAUUUCCCAGAUGUUUACACCAGAGUGUCGCAGUACCAGAGCUGGAUCAACAGUCAUGUUACUGACAGCCCGCCUGGAUUCAUCACCUUCAACUCCAUUGGGACUGAUGGAGAUCUCUCAGCCAUCUGUACCAUCCUGACGCCACCUCCAACUCUCCCUCCAACACCUGCAGCUGAAAUUUGUGGUCGCCCUCCGCUCAACACCAGGAUUGUUGGAGGACAGGAGGCUGUCGUGGGCAGCUGGCCCUGGCAAGCCGUUGUUAUUCAUUUAGGAACCUUCUGUGGAGGCUCCCUCAUUAACAGUGAAUGGGUGCUGACAGCCGCUCACUGUGUACGGAGAAAUGUCACAGCUUCCACAUUUGUGUUUCUGGGAUUGCACAGUCUAUCGGUAUUUACUGGAACGUAUGUGGUUCUGGGGGUGGAGCAGAUUAUCAUCCAUCCCGACUACGUAGUCCGUACGGGGAACAAUGACAUUGCCCUCCUGAAGCUCUCCUCACCCGUCAAUUUCACCAACUACAUCCUGCCCGUCUGCCUCGCAGCCUCAGAAAGCACCUUCCACAACGGCACUGACGCCUGGGUCACCGGCUGGGGAGCUGUUCAACUUGGAGUGUCUAUUCCUGCGCCACACUCCCUGAGAGAGGUGGAGUUGCCAAUGAUAGGGAACAGAGAGUGCAACUGUUUCUAUGGAGUUGGUGCAAUCACAGACAACAUGAUGUGCGCCGGAUUACAAGCCGGAGGGAAGGAUACCUGUGAGGAGGAUUCCGGUGGGCCACUGGUGAGUAAGUAUGACAGUCGCUGGAUCCAGGCAGGAGUUGUGAGUUCUGGAGCUGAGUGUGGUAAGCCUGGCUUGCCUGGAGUCUACACCAGAGUGUCGCGGUAUGAGUCCUGGAUCAAAAGCCAUAUCAACAGCGACCCACCAGGCUUCGUCUUCUUCAGGUCCAAUGGCACUGACGGAGAUCUCAACGCCACCUGUAAAGAUCUGCCACCACUUAUACUUCCUGCACCUACAACUGUCCCACCGUCCAAACCUGUGGUUUGUGGCCAAGCCCCGAAGAAUUCUCGUAUUUUGAACGGAGUGUCGGUGUCGACUGCCGGCGAGUGGCCGUGGAUGGCGAGUCUCCAGAAGAAUGGAACACACGUGUGUGGUGGGACGCUGGUGGCUGUGGAUGCUGUGCUGAGUGAUGCCAGCUGUUUCUCAAGUUCACCCAUAGCGUCUCAGUGGACUGUCAUCCUCGGUCGUCUCAAACAGAACGGCUCCAACCCCUUUGAGGUGACGGUGAGCGUGACAAACAUCACCGUGAGCAACCAGACUGGCUCCAACAUCGCAGUGCUGCAGCUGGAAGCUCCGCCCACCCGGUCCGACUACAUCCAGCCCAUCUGCCUGAGUAUGGGACAAACGUUCGGUGUGGGCUCGGCGUGCUUUGCCACCGGCUGGAGCGCCGGGCGAGGAGGGGAGGAACAAGUUCUGCAGGAGUUCCAGACGUCGGUGGUGGAUUGUGGGAACGCGCCAACGACUGACAGCAUCUGUACGGGAGAUUUCACACUGGAGCAGGGAGAUUCUGGCGGUCCACUGAUGUGUAAGCAGGACGGCUCCUGGUUCCAGGCGGCGGUUUUAUCUGAAAGCAACUCCAGCACAGAAACACGAGCGGGUGACGUAAAAGUCUUCGCCUCACUCACCAGAUACAGCAGCUUCUUGUCUCAGAACCUGGGGACAUUCUUGUCUCCAGCCUCCAACAACAACAGCAGCAACAACAACAGUACCAACAGCACGGCUGCUCCCAACACCACCAGUGGGGGCGCUCUGCCACACCCCUCCUCCUUCUUCCUCUUCCACGUCCUCGUCCUCUUGCUUUGUCUCCUCCUGACGUCAUAAACAAACGUCCCUGUUCAUCGGUAGUUUUACAUGAAGUGAGCGACACAAAUGAAUGUAAACGACACUGGUUUACACUGAGGCUCUGAUUUAUAGUCUGCUGUGUUGUCAGCGCCCCCCUGUGACGGGAACGAGACCCAGCGGCUCACCCUGCUACGACCUGACACAGUUUAAAUCACACAGGUUAAGUUCAGACAGACUUUUCCAACAGGAAAUGGAGAGUGAGUGGUUCACCAACUUCACUUUGCUGUUGGAAAAGUCUGUCUAACAGUGCGACGAAGACGAUAUUUUACACAAAAUCUACGUAGAUUUUCAUUAGGUUGGUCUUUUCUUAUGGGGCUAAAAUCAGUUUUCCCCUGGUUUUCUGUCACAAAAUUUUGGAUAAAUUGCUAUAUACACAGUAUAUACUGGAUAUGUGCAUAUACUUGUAUAUAUAUAUAUAUAAGAACAUAUUCUGUCUAUGAGCUUUCACACAUCACUAUUCUGCACUUUGAUCUUAACGUUUUACUUUGUCAUUAAACAUUUUUACUGUUUCACAACA